CCCUCGCACACAAUUCGCACACCUGAACCGUCGGAUUGCCAUCACCUGAUCCCAAUCAGCGACCGACCAGUAGCGAUGCAGACUCUCACAGCAAGCUCCCCUGCUUCUACCUCCUCCAUACACCGCGGCGGCGGGUCGAGGACUCCGCGCAGCUCGGCGCGGUUCGCGCCCCGGGCCGCGGCGGCCGCGGCCACGAACUCGGUCCUCAGCGCGCCGCCCGCCGUGCGCUACGUUCCGCCUCCGAAGCCCGUCCCCAAUGCCGCCGCCCCCGCGCCGGCGCGCCGCGGCGACUCGAACCACCACAGGGCGGGCGACGAGAAAGGCUUCAACUUCCUGCAGCGCGCGGCGGCGGCGGCGCUGGACGCGUUCGAGGCCGGCGUCAUCACCAACCUCCUCGAGAGGCCGCGCGCGCUGCCGCGGGCGGCGGACCCCGCCGUGCAGAUCGCCGGCAACUUCGCGCCGGUCGGGGAGCAGCCGCCCGUGCGUGCGCUCCCGGUCUCCGGACGCAUCCCGCCCUUCAUCAACGGCGUGUACGCGCGCAACGGCGCCAACCCGUGCUUCGAACCCACCGCCGGGCACCACCUCUUCGACGGCGACGGCAUGGUGCACGCCGUCCGCAUCCGGAACGGCGCCGCGGAGUCGUACGCUUGCCGGUUCACGGAGACGGCGAGGCUCCGGCAGGAGCGCGCGCUGGGGCGGGCGGUGUUCCCCAAGGCCAUCGGCGAGCUCCACGGCCACUCCGGGAUCGCCCGCCUCGCCCUCUUCUACGCGCGCGGCCUCUGCGGCCUCGUCGACCCCUCCCACGGCACCGGCGUCGCCAACGCCGGCCUCGUCUACUUCAACGGCCGCCUCCUCGCCAUGUCCGAGGACGACCUCCCGUACCAGGUCCGCGUCACCGGCGACGGCGACCUCGAGACGGUCGGGCGGUACGACUUCGACGGCCAGCUCGGGUGCGCCAUGAUCGCGCACCCCAAGCUCGACCCGGCCUCCGGCGAGCUCUUCGCGCUCAGCUACGACGUGAUCAAGCGCCCCUACCUCAAGUACUUCUACUUCCGCCCCGACGGCACCAAGUCCGACGACGUCGAGAUCCCGCUCGACCAGCCGACCAUGAUCCACGACUUCGCCAUCACCGAGAACUUCGUCGUGGUUCCCGACCACCAGGUGGUGUUCAAGCUCGGCGAGAUGUUCCGCGGCGGCUCACCCGUGGUCCUCGACGGCGAGAAGACCUCCCGCUUCGGCGUGCUGCCCAAGUACGCCGGCGACGCGUCGGAGAUGGUGUGGGUGGACGUGCCGGACUGCUUCUGCUUCCACCUCUGGAACGCGUGGGAGGAGCCGGAGUCCGACGAGGUCGUCGUCAUCGGCUCCUGCAUGACCCCCGCCGACUCCAUCUUCAACGACUCCGGCGACGACCGCCUCGAGAGCGUGCUCACGGAGAUCCGCCUCAACACCCGCACCGGCGCCUCCACGCGCCGCGCCGUGCUGCCGCCGGCGAGCCAGGUGAACCUGGAGGUGGGCAUGGUGAACCGGAACAUGCUGGGGAGGAAGACGCGGUACGCGUACCUCGCCGUGGCGGAGCCGUGGCCCAAGGUGUCCGGGUUCGCCAAGGUCGACCUCGCCACCGGCGAGCUCACCAGGUUCGAGUACGGCGAGGGGCGGUUCGGCGGCGAGCCCUGCUUCGUGCCGACCGAGGGCGCGCCGGCACGCGGCGAGGACGACGGCUACAUCCUCUCCCUGGUCCGCGACGAGCGCGCAGGGACGUCGGAGCUCCUGGUGGUGAACGCCGCAGACAUGCGGCUCGAGGCCACCGUCCAGCUCCCCUCCCGCGUCCCCUACGGCUUCCAUGGCACCUUCAUCGGCGCCAAGGAGCUGGAAGCCCAAGCCUGACUGAAGACGAGAACGAUGACCAUGGUUCCUUGAUCGAUUCCUUGGUUCUUUAUCACACCGGCCGGCGGCGCCGAUCCAUGGCUGCUCCUCCUCUGCUCUCUUUUCCCGGCUUCUUGGAGCUGGAAGAAGAAGCAGGGGAGAAGCAGGGGAGGAACUGGAGGGAAAUGGCUUUACCAGAGGGAGCCUGAGCCGUACAUAGGAGGUCCCCGGAGUCAUGUCCCCCCUUCUUCCACUGCACACAGUUACUUCUUGUUUUUCUUUUUGCCAUGUUUUUUUUACAUGGUUUAGUCUUAAUCACGCUAGUGAUGACAGUCAUUAGAGAGAGAAGAGGGCCACAGGCUGCAGCUUGCUGGUCAGCUGAGCUCAGCUGCUGGUCUCUGUUUUCACCUCCUCCCAGUGACUUCUGUGCUGGAGGUGGUAGUAAUUAGUAAUUAGUAACUAGUAACUAGUCUGGUAGAUAUUAGUGGUAUAGGUCUCAGCAGCUACUCUGUUCAGUUUGUUUGUGUGUUACAGAUUACACUGCUUGCUUAUUGCUAGCAAGCAGAUGAAUUGGACCCACCCAGUUGCUGCAACUGAGGUGCUAUUGUUCUCUCAUGUAUUUAA